AUGCCAGAAUGGAAAUUGUACAAGCAGUUUGACGAAGCGAUUCGAGCAAGGGCAAACUUGUCACAAAGCCUAAAAUCUACUCCUACUGAAGAGUUCGCGGAGAAGACUGUCAAUGUAGUGCUGAAGGAUAAUCCACCUGCUUGGUUCUCUACAGGCCAUCUCUCUACUGUAAUGUCAAUAAUGCAUCACCUGCCACUUUCAAUUCGAGAUUUUAUUCUCAGGAAAAGAUUCAACUUGGUUCUUGGUUUCAAUGUAUCUGGGUGUUUGGAUGAGUAUAGUUUCAUGUUUAGCAUUCAAAAUAUCCUUCUUCCGACCUCUGCUCCCCCUUCCACUAGGACGACUAGGAUUGGAAUGCAAGGUGCGCUUGAGGCAGGAGAAGCUGCUGGCCUUGUAUGUUUUGCUUUUGGGCUAGUUUCCUUAGCAAUAUUCACUGAACUAGUUACCUUGUGA